GCUCUGUGGAGAGGGGAAAGAAGAAAAAGUUUGGCUAUAUAGACUCACCUUGCUGAUUUUGUGUGCGGGUUUCGGUACUUAGACAAACCCUAGCGCAUCUUUUUUUUUUAUAUAUAUGUAUUCUGUUUAACUGGCAUAUUAACUUUUUUGACGUCUGCCAGGACAGCUGAUUGAUAUUUCGGCACAAGUUCUGCACGUCAUUGAGAGAAGAUAGGAUUGUUAUUCAGUACUAUAAAACUCUGUAUACACCGCCGGCUUAUUAUUAAAGGGAAAUAAAUAUAGCAGCACCAUGCAGACCGCGGAAGACCCCGAUUGGGAUGAGGAGGAAGAGAUGACUACGACGGAAAGAGAGCUCGCCGACGACGCACAGUGGAAAUUAAUUCAAAAGAAUACAUUUACAAGAUGGGCUAAUGAGCAUCUUAAAACCGUCAAUAAACAGUUGGCGGAUUUAGAAGCAGAUUUUUCGGAUGGAUUGCGACUUGUUUCUUUAAUUGAGGUGUUGUCUGGAAAAAAAUUCAAACAUGUCAACAAACGACCAAAUUUCAGAACACAGAAGCUUGAGAACGUUACCAUGGUUCUCAAGUUUCUGGAAGAAGAUGAAGGAAUUCGAAUUGUAAACAUUGACAGUACAGACAUUGUUGAUAAAAAACUCAAGCUGAUCCUCGGUCUGAUAUGGACCCUCAUUCUGCACUACUCUAUUUCCAUGCCCAUGUGGGAGGGCGAGGAGCCCACUCCAUCAGAGAAGGCGCCCACCCCCAAGCAGAGGUUGCUGAACUGGAUCCAGUCUAAGGUUCCAGACCUGCCCAUCAAUAACUUCACCACUGACUGGAAUGAUGGAAGGGCUAUUGGUGCCCUUGUGGAUGCUGUUGGACCAGGUCUUUGCCCUGACUGGGAAGACUGGGAUCCCAAGAAGAACAAGGCUAAUGCCAAGGAGGCUAUGGAUGCUGCUGAGAAGUGGCUGGAUGUGCCACAGCUUAUCAAGCCAGAUGAAAUGACUAACCCCAAGGUGGAUGACCUCAGUAUGAUGACCUACCUGUCACAAUUCCCCAAUGCCAAGCUCAAGCCUGGGGCUCCAGUAAGACCCCGCCUAAACCCCACCAGAGUCAGGGCUUAUGGUCCUGGGUUGGAGCCAACAGGCAAUCAGGUUGGAGCACCAGCCAGGUUCACUGUGGAGACCUUCAGUGCUGGCAAAGGAAGUUUGGAGGUUAUUGUCCUCAACCCUAAAGGAGCCAAAGAGAAUUGUGAAGUUGUUUUCAACAAUGACAGAAACAUGACAUAUUCUUGUGUCUAUUUGCCAACACAAGAAGGGGCUUACAGGGUAAUCAUCAAGUUCAGUGGCAGGGAAAUACCCAAAUCACCCUACACAGUCCAAGUUGAAGGUGCUGCUGGCGACCCAUCAAAGGUCACUGCUGCUGGCCCUGGUAUUGAGAAAUCUGGUGUUGUAGCUGGAAAGAAAACCUAUUUCGAGGUGUACACCCAAUUGGCUGGAAAAGGCACAGUGGAUGUGGCAAUUUUGGACCCUCAUGGCCACAAAGACAAGGUGCGCCCAGCUAUCAGCCCUGUGGUAGGCAAAGAAGGAACAUACCUGGUGGAGUACACAGCUAUUGAUGCUGGCCUGCACUCUGUCAAUGUAUUUUUUUCUGGGCAACAGAUACCUGGAAGUCCAUUUGGUGUCAAUGUUUCCCCAGCUUCCAAUGCUAAGGCUUGUUAUGCUACUGGCCGUGGUAUCCAACCAAGAGGUAUCAGAGUAAAAGACAAUGCUGUAUUCUAUGUCCACACCAAAGGAGCUGGUGAUGGAGAAGUUGCUGUGCAAAUCUUUGGACCAGGAGGUGUUGAAGAGAAAUGUCAGAUCAAGCCAGUCAAAGGUGAUGAGGGUGUUUAUGAGUGUGUCUAUGUGCCAUCCAAAGUUGGAAAUUACAUUAUCAAUGUCACCUUUGCUGAUCAACACAUUAGCAAAUCACCUUUCAAGGUGGAAGUUGGUCCUACCUGGAACACAAAAAUCCGAGCCUAUGGUCCAGGUCUGGAAGGCGGUGUUGUCAAUCAGCCUGCUGUCUUCACAGUUGAAACCAAUGGAGAAGUUGGUGCUCUUGGAUUCUCCAUUGAAGGUCCAUCUCAAGCCAAAAUUGAUUGUAAAGACAAUGGUGAUGGUUCUGCUGAUGUCACCUACUGGCCAACCCAGGCUGGAGAGUAUGCUGUCCAUGUUCUGUGCAAUGACCAGGACAUCCCCAACUCCCCUUACAUGGCCAACAUUUUGCCACCACAACCAUUUAAUGCUGGCAAGGUGAUUGCCAAAGGCCCUGGCCUUGAAAAAACUGGAGUCCAGGCUAACAAAUGGGCAGAAUUCACUGUGGAUACUCGCGCUGGUGGACCUAAAGCCCCUUUGAUUAUCUCCUGUAUGGAUGUGGACUAUAAACCUGUUGAAGUACAGGUGAAGGACAAUGGCAAUGGUACAUUCUCCUGUCGCUACCAGCCCACAAGAAAUGUCAAGCACACAGUAUCCAUUACUUAUGGUGGUGUCAUGAUUCCAAAUGCACCUUUCAGAGUUUAUGUCUCUGAACCCAGCAACCCAGCCAAAGUCAAGGUGUUUGGACCUGGUGUAGAAAAAGGUGUUAAAACCCUGCGCCCCACACACUUUAUUGUGGACUGCAAGGAAGCUGGUCCAGGUGAUGUGGCUAUUGGAUUGACUGAUGAGCGUGGUAUUGAUGUCCCAGUCAAGACUAUUGAUAACCAGGAUGGAACAUUCACUAUUGAGUAUGAGCCCAAGACUCCAGGACUGUACACCGUGCUGGUCUACUUUGCAGGCAAGGAGGUGCCCCAGAGCCCAAUCAAGGUCAAAGUGGAGCCACACAUCGAUGUCAGCAAGAUUAAAGUUGUUGGUCUUGAACCAACCAUACCCAUUGGUGUGCCAAAGGAUAUCAGCAUUCUCUGUAAAGGCUUGCCAAAGGCUGAGGCCAAGGUUAAGAUUGUAUCCCCAACCAAUCAAGUUUUGGAUGUUCCUACCAGUGCCACUGGAGAUGGUGCCAAAGCUACUUUUGCUCUACUGGAACCUGGCCCCCACCAGGUGCAGGUUACAUAUGGAGGUGUUCCUGUACCAGAUUCACCCUUCCGUGUGGAUGCCAUCCAAGGGCCACCUAAAGUUAAAGCUUAUGGCCCAGGUUUGACAGGUGGUGAGGCCCUGAAGCCGGCAGUGUUCACUAUUGACACCCGAGAAGAGAAAUCCCCUGGAGGUCUUGGUCUGUCUGUUGAAGGUCCUGCAGAGUCCCCAAUACAGUGUAAGGACAACAAGGAUGGUACUUGUGAAGUGUCUUAUGUGCCACCAGUGCCUGGACCAUACAAUGUAAACAUUUCCUAUGGUGAUCGACCAAUUCCCGGCUCUCCAUUUAAAGCAAACAUUGCCCCAGCCAAACCUGGUUUGGAUGUUAGCGGCAUCAAGGCUUAUGGACCAGGACUAAACCCUGCCGGAGUGUUCAUUGAGUGUCCCAAUGAGUUCACUGUGGAUGCCAGAUCUGUUUCUCCAACUGCUCAAGGAAAGGUGAAGGCCAUUGUCACCAGCCCUAGUGGCCAGAGGUAUGACACUGUGGUUAAGAAUAAUGGAGAUGGUACUUACAAUGUGCUCUACACACCUGUGGAACAAGGUGUUCAGAAAAUAGAUGUGACCUAUGAGGACAUUCCUAUCCCAGAGGCCCCUCUCACUGUCACAGCUAAGCCAGGAUCAGAUGCCAGCAGAGUGAAGGCUUAUGGUCCAGGCCUUGAAGGAGGUCUAACAGACAAACCAGCAGUUUUCACAGUAGACAUGAAAGGCGCUGGUAAAGGUGGUCUCGGCCUGGGUAUUGAAGGUCCAGUGGAGACACCCAUGAAAUGUCAGGAUAACCAUGAUGGAACCUGCCAGGUGGUGUAUGAACCUACCAAAGCUGGACCCUAUGACAUCACAGUCAAAUUCAAUGACCAGCACAUCCCAGGAAGUCCAUUCCAUGUUGACAUUAAGAACCCAGUCAACCCAGCCAAAGUCAAGUGUUAUGGCCCAGGCCUUGAAAGUGCCAAUGUCAAGGCCAAUGCCCCUGCUGUUUUCACAGUAGAUGCCUCUGAGGCUGGAGUAGCACCUUUGGAGGUGACUUACACUGACAAGACAGGUGUGAAGAGACCAGCUGAAAUUGUGCCUGUGGAUGAUGGUGUUUACCAGGUAACUUACGUCCCAACUGCUGAGGGACCAUGCCAAGUGGAUGUCAAAUACGCCAACCAGGCUGUGCCAAACAGUCCAUUCCGUGUCAAUGCCCAACCUGGUGUGGAUGCUAGCAAGGUCAAGGUAACUGGUCCAGGUGUCAGCGGCACUACUCCAGCUAGCUUGCCUGCUGCUUUUAAGGUGGACACCCGUGCUGCUGGGGAUGCAGAUCUGGAAGUCUUUGUAAAGAGACCAGAUGACACCUACAUUAGACCCUUCAUCCAGGACAACAAUGAUGGCACCUAUGAUGUUGUGUACACACCUGAAGACCUGGGAGUCUAUGAUGUCACUGUCCAGUAUGGUGGUCAGAAUGUCCCAGGAUCGCCUUUCCAUGUCAAGACCACUCCAACUGGAGAUGCCUCUAAAUGCAAGAUCACAGAUGGCAAUGACAAAGUUGUUCCAGUCGGCAAGGAAACAGUCAUCACAGUGGACGCCUCUGCUGCUGGUGUCGGCAAGGUCACCUGCCGCAUCAGGUCUCCUAAUGGCACUGACAUAGAUAUCGACAUCAUCGAACAGGGAGAUGGCACCUUCUCCAUUUCUUUCACACCCCAAUUCCCUGGCCCCUACACCAUUGAGAUCAAGUUUGGUGGAGAAUUGGUACCAAAUGGAAGUUACACUGUAGAGGCAGUGCUAGAAGAGGAGUAUGCACGUUACCUGGAGACCAAGGUUGGAGAUGAGAUGAUUUCAGCUGACAGAGUGGAUUCCCUACUUGCCACAGCCCCAGGCGGCUUGUUCCAGCCAGUGGACUUUACUCUUCCAGUUGGUCCUAUCUUCAACUUUGUCUCAGCCACUGUGGUGAUGCCCUCUGGCAAGAGAGCCUACCCUAACAUUGAGGACAACAAGGAUGGCACAGUGACAGUCAGGUACCAGCCAACAGAAAUAGGCCUUCACAAGCUGCACAUGCAGUACAACAAUGAGGAGAUUGAAGGAAGUCCAUUCUUAUUCCAUGUGGAGGCCAUUGAUUCAGGCUAUGUGACUGCUUAUGGCCCAGGCCUUAGCCAUGGCGUUGUCCAUGAACUGGCUGUGUUCACCAUCAACACUAAGAAUGCUGGAGCUGGUGGUCUGUCAUUGGCCAUUGAAGGUCCAUCCAAGACAGAGAUCCAGUGUAAAGACAAUGAGGAUGGUACAUGUACUGUAUCUUAUCUGCCCACUGCACCUGGAGAGUACUUGAUUACUGUCAAGUUUGCAGACAAGAACAUUGCUGGAUCUCCAUUCACUGCCAAAAUUACACCUGGAGAGCCCAAGCGUAAAAAUCAAAUCAUGGUUGGCAGUAGUUCUGAGGUCUCCCUCAAGGUCACAGAACAAGAUAUUGAGAGCUUGACAGCAACCAUUGUGUCCCCAUCCAAGAGGGAAGAGCCCUGCUUCCUCAAGAGACUGGCCAAUGGUCAUUUGGGCAUAACUUUCACACCAAGAGAAACAGGAGAGCAUUUGGUCAAUGUUUUCCGCAAUGGCCAGCAUAUUGCCAACUCUCCUUUCAAGAUAGUUGUUGGAGAGAGUGAAAUCGGCAAUGCCAGCAAGGUGAAAGUCUAUGGCAAAGGACUGGAAAAAGGAAUGGCCAAUGAGGUCAAUGAGUUUAUUGUUGACACUAGAGAAGCUGGCUAUGGAGGUAUGUCAUUGUCCAUUGAGGGUCCCAGCAAAGCGGACAUCGAGUGUCAUGACAAUGAGGAUGGCACCUGUCGUGUCACCUACAAACCAACUGAGCCAGGAACGUACAUCAUCAACAUUAAAUUUGCUGAUCAACAUGUUCCAGGCAGCCCAUUCAGUGUUAAAAUUGGAGGUGAGCCUUCUGCCAAGAUUACAGAACGUAUCACCAGACACAAGGAGGCCGCUGACAUCACACAUGUGGGCAGUCAAUGUGAACUUAGCUUGAAGAUACCUGGAACCACUCCCUAUGACAUGACAGCAUCUGUGAAGAGUCCAUCUGGUGUGACAGAAGUAUGUGAUGUGGUCAGCCUGGAUGACUCUCACUACAGCAUCAAGUUUGUCCCCAAGGAGAUGGGUGUCCACACUGUCAGUGUUAAACACAAAGAUAUGCACAUCCCAGGUAGUCCAUUUGAGUUCACUGUUGGACCCAUAGCUGGCGGAGGUGCUCAUAAAGUACAUGCUGCUGGACCAGGUCUAGAGAGAGGAGAAGUCACUGUUCCUAAUGAGUUUAACAUCUACACCAGAGAGGCUGGUGCUGGUGGUCUGUCCAUUGCUGUUGAAGGGCCAUCCAAGGCAGAGAUUGACUUUCAGGAUAAAAAAGAUGGCUCUUGCCAAGUCUCUUACAGAGUUACAGAACCUGGAGAAUAUUAUGUCUCUGUUAAAUUCAAUGAUGAGCACAUCCCAGAUUCACCGUUCAGAGUUAAUGUCACACCUUCUAUUGGGGAUGCCAGAAAAGUGGCUGUACAAUCCUUGCAAGACAGAGGUUUACAGGUGGGCAAACCUGCUGCAUUUGUGGUCAACUUCAAUGGUGCUAAAGGUAGACUGACUGCUCUGGUGGUCUCACCAUCAGGAUCAGAGGAAGAAGCUCUUGUUCAGGAUCUUGAUGAUGGAAAAUACGCUGUGAGGUUCAUUCCUCGUGAAAAUGGUGUCCACUAUGUCCAUGUCCUCUUCGACAACUACCACAUCCCUGAAUCUCCUUUCAAGAUUGUAGUGGGCAAGAUUGAUGCUGAUGCUGGAAAGGUCACAGCAUAUGGUGAUGGCCUCAAAACAGGAAAAACCGGACAAGUGGCCAAGUUUAUUGUGAAUACAGUAAAUGCUGGCUCUGGUUCCCUGGCUGUUACAGUAGAGGGUCCAUCCAAAGUUAAGCUGGAGUGUAAAGAGGUUGAGGAAGGCUAUGAGUUCAGCUACAGCCCAACUGCUCCUGGAGAUUAUCUCAUCUGCAUCAGAUAUGCUGGUGUCAACAUUGCUGGCAGUCCAUUCAAAGCCAAGAUUGAAGGUCAAGGCAAGCCUAGUGCAAUGCAGGAGCAUGCUUCUGUUGUGGUGGAGACAGUCACCAAGACCAGCACCACCACCAGGUUCAGUGGCAUUCAAAGAUUCAGCUCUGAUGCCAGCAAGGUCACUGCCAAAGGUGCUGGCCUCACCAAAGCUUUCUGUGGCAAAACAGCCACAUUCACUGUGGAUGCCUCUGGUGCAGGCAACAACAUAAUGUACAUUGGUAUGAUGGGACCCAAAGGUCCUUGUGAUGAACUUAUAGUCAAACAUCAGGGCAACCUCCAGUACUCUGUCCAGUACAUGGUCAAAGAAAAAGGACGCUACAUGCUCAUUAUCAGGUGGGGAGAACAGGAGAUCCCAGGCAGCCCUUUCGCUGUGGAGGUCCAGUAGGCUCAUCUAAAUAAUUAGAAAUCAUAGUCGCUUUUAAUUUUGGCAAAUUAAUAUAAUUUAUAAUGUUUGAAAAGAUAAAUCUAAACUUUUUUUUUUUUUAAAGUGUACACAUUAGACAAGAAUAAUAAUGUAAUGCAAAAAUUGAAAAUGUUUAUUGUAUAUGACUUUGAAUGGUCACUGCCUGUAUACAGAAAUUGGGCUAUCAGUUUUUUUGAAGUACACUUUUUUUUUGUUUUUGUAUGUGUGCAUUCAAUGCAUUUAAUAGAAUAAUAAAUGAAGCUGUUGGGAGGGAAGUAGUGGGAAAGUCUUUUAGAAUUUCUUUUUUUUUUUUUACUCACUUUCUGAUAAUACAGCUAGCUAUAUUUUUUAAAAUGCCAUUUGUUGGAUUUUAUGAAACAAAUCACGUCCAAGUUUUUAAAGUGCCUAUUUUAUUUUGUGACUAACGGAACACCAAAAAAUAAAUUUUUAAAAUGUGUUUAUAUUUUUUUAACAAAACAUUUGUGGAGUUCAUUCUUAUUGUCACAUUUUAAAGUCAAUGAAAUCUUUUGUUGCCUAAUGAACAUUUUCAUCCAAGUUAUGGUUGUGAAACUAUAGUCAAGCCAUAGCCGAGGAGAAUGUUUCCUUCAUUCAAAUAGCAAUUAUUUUUCUACAAGUUUUAUCAAACUAAAUCUUAACAUAUUUAUAACAAGAACAAACUUAGUAAAACACUUUUUUUUUUUAAAUUGAUCAUUGUGAUAUAUAUACAUACUUAUACAAACUAUUUUUUCAUUGACUUUUAUUUGAUAGUUAGUUCAUUUAGUUUCAUUCUCUUCUAUUGCAAGAUUGCAUAAAAUUGUAGUUGAAAAGUUUUGUUUUGUUUUUAAAGAGGAUUUGCAAUCAUUAGUUUAGCUACAUGUACAGUUUUUAUUUUCUGUUCAGUUAAAAGUCUACUUGACCUUAUGAUUUUAUGUUGUUUUUUUUUUGUUUUAAAUUGUGGUUAAAGGUGAAGGAUGUUGUAGAAACAAACAUAAGGUGCUUUGUGUUGAUUUUAAUGUUUCUUCUUUCUAAUGUAGAGUUAGUAGUUUGGUGAGUCAAAAUCUUUUCCUAUAGUCGGACAGAUGAAUUUUAGUUUCAAUUUUUUUUUUUUACUUUAUGAUUAAGAAAUUAUUUGUAUAUCAUUGGUGUGGAUAUCUUGAUUUGUGACUCAUAACAGUUCUGUAUGCCAAGGCAUCAUCUGCUUGCCACAAGUUCUUAUUUAAAUAUAUUUACACAAUUUUUUUUUUCUUAGUUUUAUAAUUGUCAACAAGUUGUCAAAGAACUAUAUAUAUUUUUCGCUACAUUUAGAAAUUAUUUAUACACAUACUUAUUAUUAUCAUGAAUAUAUAUUCUAUAGUUUUACAAAUGAAAAUAACAAAGCAAAAAAAAAAAAUGAAAGAAGAAGAAAAGAGUAGAUAUUAUGAUUCAAAUGUCUGUCCUUGCUGAUACGAGUUGUCAUGGAGAUUUCAUGUGUCAAUAUAACACUCUGCCAUCGGAGGGACAGACAUGUACAUACAUAUAUACACUUGUUUUUCUUUUGUUUUGUUGUGGCUGGUGUUUCCUCCAGUUCCUUGUGCUGCUAUCAACUGUAUCUAUGGCUGGUGCUUUGUUACAUUACAGUGUAGAGAAUCAAAGGAAUUAUGGGAUAACAGAUUCUUAUUAUGUGUUUUGAGUAAUAGAUUUUUAUUUUAUUUGUUUGUUUUAUUUUUCAGAUCUGCUGCUUCUAUGUUGUUUGUUUUUAUAUUUAUAAGGCUGUUCUUAUUGAAAUGAUUUUCUCAUUUAUUUCACUAUUUAUUAGAAUUAUUUGUAUAGCAGGUUAAGGUAUAAAAUUGUUAAACUGUAAGCAUUUUUAUUUCAAAUUUGUAUUCAAACUUGAGACAAUUCAGAAAUAUGUUUUUGUAGCUGUAUUUUUGAACUAAUCAAAAUGUCCUUCUAUCAAUGCUUACAUUGUAAUUCCACUGCUGGAAAAUGUGUUGCUGUGAUUGGCUGUUUGAGGAGAAAGUGAUUUGUCAGACUGCUCAACCUCUCUGUUAUUGUCGAUGCUUUUGUCUGUGAGUAGUCUCUCAUCUUCAUUUGAGUUUAUCCAUUAUAGUUUUUGUUUCAUUUUCUUUGAGUCUGAGAGAUCAUUCUUUUUAAUGUAUUGUUUUCAAGGUGUGCCUGCUAGUCUGUCAUAUUUUUUAUUUUUUUUUGCUAACGAACAUGUAUCUCACUGAAUAUAGACUCUUUCAUUAAAAGUCUUUUUUUGUAACUAA